AUGCUUUGGCAGGUUAAUCCUUUCACGUCAAUUCCGCUUUCCUUGUGCCGAUGGUAUCUCCAGUCUCUCACCCAACACAAUCCCUCGCUUCAAGUUCAUUUGGACAACAUUACUGAGACUCUGCAUGAAUUGGAGAAUGCUAACGGCUUGUGUUCGCACGUUAAUCGGCCAACACGGCAGAAUCCACAGACGGAGGAAUUUUGCUUUCUUGGUACCAGAUAG